UAAACGUCAGAGAUAUAGAUUAACGACCGUGAUAUAAAAGGCCACUGGGAUUCCUAGCUACAAUCUCCUCAUCAUCAACAAAAUCUCUCUAAAUUACAAGCCAUACCAAGCAGAUCCUCUUUUAUAACUAAAUUUCUACCUCUCAACACAUUCAAAAUGAAGUUCUCCGUUGCUGCUUUUGCCUCCCUUCUCUCGGUCGUCAGCGCUGCUGCUGUCCCUUCCAACAACACUGCACUCCCCGCGGCCUUCACUCUGGUCGCUGAUGGCGGCAGAACCGCUCUGACUGAUGGCCAGUACGUCUACGUCGGCGGUGACGCUACAGACGGCAAGGAGAUCCUCAUCCUGCGCUCCGCCGCCAACGGCAUGGUCUCCUUCACCUCCAAGGACGGUGUCCCCACUGCCUUCCAGAACCUCUACAUCGUGGAGAAGGACGUGACCCCCGUCUCACUCACUAUCCCUCACUCUGGUGCUAUUCCCGAGAACGGCAACAUGAACGGCUUCGGGCAGAAUGCCCAGGGCUACUUCACCAACAAUGGUCGCCCCUGGUUCUCUGUUGAUGUUGGCGACGCUCCCUCCAAGCAGGUCUACUGGUACGGUGGCCACAAUGCUGAGUAUUACGGUCUCAACCUGUGGGUCAAGGAGUGCAAAGGCUGCUAAGUGCGGUCUGUCGCAUUGUAAAUAUCGAUUCCGUCCUACAUAUUCUUGUGGAUUUCGUUCACGGGGUGUUUUCUUUUGAUGUGGCUUUUUAAGGUCUGGAAACCUUUAAUCAGUUCUGCUUUGUACUCGAUACCCGGGACUUUGUAUAAAUAGUUAGCAUGUUACAAGUUCUGUUUUAUCAAAUUUACAGUUUUUAUUACUAUCA